UCUUCUUAACAUCCAGCUAGCAGUGGGAGAAAGAAAGAAGAGGAGACAAUGCAUUGUGGUUUGGUUUUAAGAUUGGAAAGUCAAUUGUAUGAGGUGAUGCAGCUGGAAUUUGAGGUGGAUAACGUGAUCAACCUGGUGCCAACCCAGACUUUACACUGGAACAUUGAGUACCCAGCUGGCAUGCAGACAACUUCCAGACAAACAGAGAAAGUCUCGCACCUCUACAUCAGCAAUGCAGACAUACAGGGAAUCGUACCACUGGCUGAGGACACAGAGGUGGUGAACACAGCCAUUCUUACGGGUCGGCGCGUCGCAGUGCCUAUCAAACUGGUUACCGUGGAAACCGACGGGCAAGUGAGGGAGGUGGACGACUUGGUCACCUGCAGCUCGACAGACGUGGACGUGGUCAAGGUUUCCCCAAACUGUGACCAGGUUUUGGUGAACGGUAAAGAAAUGCGCGGCCGGCAGUCUUUGGCAGUCAACUUUACCUACCUGCACCUGUCUGCUCAGCUGCAGCUCACAGUCUGGGUGCCCAAGCUACCUCUGCAGAUAGACGUGUCAGAUACUGAGCUGAGCCAGGUUAAAGGCUGGAGGGUACCGAUCAUCACUAACAAGAGACCUACCAGAGACAGUGAAGAUGAUGAGGAUGAUGAGAGGAAGGGCAAAGGCUGCACCCUACAGUACCAGUACGCCUUGGUGCGAGUCCUUACCCAUUUUGUCGCAGAACCCUCUGACCCAGGAGGAGAGAUGGUCUACAUGUUGGGUGCGGACUGGCAAGCUGAUAUCACUCAUUUGGUCUUGGACCAGCUAAAGGUAGAAGAUCCACGCAUUGCCAGACUGAUAGAUGGACGAAUCUUGAUCGGGCGGGACCUGGGGAUUACCACUAUACAGGUUCUGUCCCCGCUGUCUGACUCCAUCCUGGCAGAGAAGACUGUGACUGUUUUGGAUGACAAGGUCACCAUCACUGACCUGGGUGUCCAGCUGGUUGCGUCUCUGUCGCUCAGUAUGACAGCAAGUCCUGGAAAUUACCAGGCUAUACAGCUAACGACUACAGCCACAGACCUGCUACACACACCCAAACAGGAAGCAGCGAUCAGUGCGUGGAUCCAGUACAGUGACGGUUCAGUGACACCCCUUGAUGUCUAUGAUCCCAAGGACUUCCUCCUCUCAGCUGUAUCAUUGGAUGAGAGUGUCAUCUCCAUAACCAAUCAGGAGCAGCACUGGCCUAUUGUAGUGGCAGAGGGGGACGGACAGGGAGCACUGGUUCGGGUAGAGAUGGUCAUCUCUGAGACCUGCCAGAAAUCCAAAAGGAAGAGUGUAUUGGCAUCUGGAGUUGGCAAUGUGAUAGUGAAGUUUGGAGCAAAGAGUGAAGAAAGAGGUGCGGUGGGAAGAGGUGGACAGGACGACGGAGGAGGGAUGGACAACAGCACCAGGGAGCACCAAACAAAGGAUGGAGGGGAGUGGAAGUCCAAUAGUGCAGCAGUGGAUCGAGAGGAGGGAGCCAUGAGAAAGGUUAGCACAACGACCAAGAGCACAGUAACCCAUCGUGCUUCAGGUGGUAAAGCUGCCAGUGGAGGCAGCAGCAGCAGCCGGGGUGGAGGCCCCAGCCAAGCAGGGGACUACAGUAGCUACCCAGCACAAGUUGAGGUACCAGGCACUGGGGAUAGCGAGCUGACUCGGACCACCAGAGGACUGUCGGACCUGGAGAUUGGAAUGUAUGCCCUUUUGGGUGUAUUCUGUCUGGCAAUACUGGUCUUCCUUAUCAACUGUGUCAGCUUUGCUUUCAGAUACCGUCACAAGCAAGUUCCCGUGCUGGAAGCAGGAGGCAACAUGAACCACGCCCAUGACUGGGUGUGGCUUGGCAACGAGGCCGACCUUUUAUCUGACCACUCUGACCAAUGCCAGGGUGGGCUGCCUGAUGAGUGCACCACCAUCAUUGACCGGAAUGAAGGAGGAUACGAGGAGAACAAGUACCUGCUGAACGGGGCUGGUAACACCUUGGUGAUGGGUGUGGGCACAGGCAUGGGCACUAUUAGUAGGGGUGGUGGUACAGGUGGACACCGGGGUAUCACCCACGGACAAACUUUGCCCAGAUCAGUUCCAGAACCGCAUCAGUGCCUUUCAGCGAUCACUACUGGUGGCAAAAAUGGCACUGGCCAAGCGGAGCAUCUGAAUAAUUCCCCUGGAUCCACAGCUGCAGCUGCAGUUGCAGCCGCCAAACGCAAGAGGGUCCAGUUCACGUCUUUUGCCACUGUUGUGCCCAAUGAUAAUUUGGGUGGGGGUGGACCAUACACCAACUCUUCAGUCCUGGUUACCAAUGGGAGCGAAGAUGACAUCAAGUGGGUGUGCCAGGAUAUGGACCUGGGUCAGUCUGAAAUCAGAACCUACAUGGAGAGGCUACAAGACAAUCUGUGACUAAUGGGAAAGAGACUGAGAAAUGGAGGGGCAGAGGAUGAGUGCAGGAGGGGGAGGAUGGACAAUGAGUACAAUUCACCUGUAAUGCCUUUGCAAUGGAUGAAGGGAGGGAGAACAGGACAAAUAUAAGAACAGUAAAGGGAAUAUAAAGUGUAGCGAAGAGUUUAGAAGAUAAUUGACCAGACAGUGUAGGGGAUGCUUACAUUUAGCUCCCCUUAGGCAAUGGAAAGCAUACUGUAACCACUAGCUCACACUGAAAUCAACGGUAGCAAACAAUAAAUAACAUUAUGAGUUUGUUUUAUAUUAUUUCUUGUGGAGAUAUUAGUGUAAAAAUCAAUAAUAAAGUCACUAUUGGUAAUGAAUGUUUAUUUUCAGAAUACCAGUAAACCAUUGUGCUAUACAGUAAAUUCAGGGUAUGUUAUUGGACAAACAUCAUCAAGCCACUAUACAUUUAAACAAGGAUGGCAAGAACAUCAUUUCUGAAGUAUUUUUUACUCAUAUGGUGUAUUGCCAUUAUUGGCUGUGGCUGUUGAUGGAUUAUUGAUAGAUCUAGUUUUAAUAUUUACCAGCCAAGUCUACUGAAUGGUUAAAUAAUGAUUAUGAUUACUG